AUGUCGGACGAAGACCACGGCCAGACCGAAUACGGAUGGCGCUCAUCCAGGAUCCUGAUCAUCAGCACAGCGUGUCUGGCCUUGUUUACUGAAACCCUCCUGUACGGAUUCGUGGUCCCCAUCUUGCCAUAUAUGCUGGAGGUCCGCCUACACAUAGACCCCAGCCAGACCCAGAGCAUCACGUCAGCUUUACUGAGUGUCCAUGGGUUUGCCACCCUCAUCCUGACUCCUCUCAUUGCGGCUGCGGCGGAUAAGACCCCAAAUCGCAAGAUUCCUCUGAUCAUCUCUCUCGUCGUCUGCCUCGGGGGAACAGUUCUGGUGGCAUUCACCCCAACCUUGUGGGCAAUCUAUCUCGGCCGAAUCCUCCAAGGCGUGUCAGGUUCCGCGGCAUGGAUUAUCUGUCUGGCCAUGUUGACCGACAACGCUGGGCCAGGACGAGUCGGACGAGUCAUGGGCCUCAGUAUGUCCGUUGUCAUGACAGGCACGGUUGCAGGGCCGACCGUAGCAGGCGCCUUGCUGGAGUGGAUGGGAUACUGGCCGGCCUGGUCGGUGCCCAUCGGGAUCAUUCUCAUCAAUAUCGCGGGACGGUUGAUCACCGAAGAGCCUCAAAAGCCACCUCCAUCACCUCCUCGAACUGAGGAAGACGUUGAAAACGCAGAAACAUCGCCGCUCCUGUCAGGCUCAGACUCGGAAUGUUCAGCUGAAACAUUCUCUCAGGACAAAGACACCUGCCUGCCAGCCCCAUCCUCCUUCUACUGGGUGAUGCUUCGCGACUGUCGAGUUCUAGCCAGCAUUUCAACCACCACCGUCAACUCUAUCAUCAUCGCAGGAUUUAACGCGACUCUACCCGUUCACCUUCGUGCAAUUUUCAACUGGGGCUCUUUCACCGUGGGAAUGAUGUUCCUGCUCAUCCGCAUCCCCACAAUAGUUUUCGGACCAUUCAUGGGCAUGCUGCGAGACCACGUUGGACUUCGAUACCCCACGGCACUGGGAUGGCUUCUCCUCACGCCGUUGAUCUUCUGUCUAGGCAUUCCAUCCGGUCCAGAGCAUCAUGGGAAAGAAUUCUUCGUCACAUGCAUUGCAUGCAUCGGGCUUGGAUCGACUCUUAUUCAGGGUGCGGGCGUGCUACACACCAUCACUAUCCUGCGAGACGUAGAAUUGAAACAACCUCAAAUAUUCGGACGUCAAGGAGGUCUUUCCAGAGUGUUUGCGAUCAACGAAGUCUCAUUCAAUGCCGGACUCAUGUUCGGUCCACUCUUAGCAGGGGGUUUAACCGAAGCAAUUGGCUAUUCCUACAUGAAUAUUAUUCUCGCUGUUAUCUGCUUCGCAAAUGCUGUCUUUGUAUUCUACUUCUUUGAAAAAGGAAUUUCUCAGAGCGAAAAAUAG